UAAAAGACUACGUGCUGAAGCCGUAUAAGAGAAGGAAGGCUUAGUUGGUCGAACGCACAUAAUGUUUCACAAAAGGUGAGAAGAAGAGAAGUAAGAGAAGAAGAAGAAGCCUUCCUCCACAAUGAAGCAGCAGCAGCAAAAGGAGAUGAGUUUGCUGAGGAGCCUGAGCCGCCAUGAGGCCAGGAAGCUUGGCUAUGGUGCAAUUGUGGCAGGAUGCGCCCUCCUUCUCGUCUUCUUCCUUUCUGUCUUCAGUGCCUUGUUCGGCCCUGUGCAUAACUAUGAACUGAAGCUCUCCGUUGGGCCUGGCGAGUUCAUGGCCAAGAUUGAAAGCCCACUUGUUCUACAACCGACAGGUCCAGAGGCAGAAGGAUUAAAAUUGUCAGCAGAUGACCUGCGGGUGGAGAACAAUAAGGAAACCGCAGGGAGUUUUGAACAAGUGGAAUCGGAAUUGUCAACAGGGGACAGUAGGCAAAAUACGGCAAUCAUUGAAAAAAGAGACAGCAUUGAAGCAGAGAAACUGAACUCCACACAUGCUGGUCCAAGCAUGACAAGGACAGGAAAUCCUCAUUUAGGAUCAACAGAUCAGGAAGAAAAGAAGAUGCCAAUUUGUGAUUUCUCCAAGCCAAAGUCAAAUAUUUGUUACAUAGAAGGCGAUAUAAGAAUUCACCGGAAUUCAUCAACAAUUCUGUUCGUGAACCCUCGUGCCGAAGUUCCGGCCGAUGGAUUCUGGAAACUCCGACCUUAUGCUCGGAAAACCGAUAUGCAAGCGAUGAGUGGAGUCACAGAACUGAAAGUAAAACCAGUAUCGAGUGCUCAAGAUCUUCCUUCUUGCUCAGUCAAUCACAGCGUUCCAGGUCUUGUGUUCUCCACAGGUGGAUACAAUGGUAACCUCUUCCAUGACUUCACAGAUGUUAUAGUCCCUCUCUUCCUUACUUCUCACCACCACAAUGGAGAAGUUCAAUUCAUCAACACAGAUGGCAAGUCUUGGUGGCCCAAAAAAUUUGGCAAGAUACUUAAGCGUCUCUCUCACUAUGAUAUCAUUGAUCAUGACAAUGAUUACAGAGUUCAUUGCUUUACAAAGCUAAGAGUGGGACUAACAGUGCAUAAGGAGUUCAGCAUAGACCCAACAAUCAAAUCUUUCAAUGGCUACAGCUCCAUGGAGGAAUUCAGGAAGCUAAUGAUGGAUUCCUACUCACUAAGCAGAGACAGAGUCAUUCAAAUCAGAAACAGGGAGAUGAAAAAGCCAAGGUUAUUGAUCCUAUCACGAAGGCGAACCCGAAAGCUCAGGAAUUUGAAGCAGACAAUCAAAUUGGCAAAGAACUUGGGGUUCGAUGUCGUCGUCGCCGACGACGGCCUGACACUAAACAUGGCAAAAUUUGUAGGGGUAGUGAACUCCUGUGAUGUGAUGAUGGGUGUUCAUGGCGCUGGGCUCACCAACAUGGUGUUUCUCCCAGCUGGUGCAGUGGUCAUUCAGAUUGUUCCUUUUGGUAGGUUAGAUUGGAUCUCCACCGCCUUCUUUGCAAGACCUGCUAGAGACAUGAAGCUCAAUUACUUAGAAUAUAAGAUAAACAUGGAAGAAAGCACCCUAGUGGAACAGUAUCCCUUAGAUGAUCCUGUUCUAAAGGACCCCAUCUCAAUUCAUAAAAAGGGUUGGAAUUUUGUUGAAGAAGUGUACUUGAGACAGCAAGAUGUAAAUCUAAAUCUGAGUAGGUUUAAGAGUAUUUUAGUAGAUGCCCAAAAGCUUCUGCAACAACAAACUAGAUGAUUGAUGCAGAAGCUUCUAUUAUUUGUAUGAUAGCUUCACUCUCAAUUUUUUGUUCUCUUGUAUAUCAAGCCAAAAAUGGAGCUCUGCUUCAUUUGUAAGAGAGCUUCUUGUUCUGCUUCUGUAUUGGAGUACAGCAGAAGAUUUUCAGUUCUUCUGCUAUAUAUCCAAGUAAUUAUUAAAAGGAAAAUUUCUAUUU